AUGACGGUUCCAAUCAACCGCAAGCUCUAUGUUUUAUGUCAGACAUACUGCAUGCGCAACGUUCACAUAAGAGCCGCUCACAACGUUGACACCUGUUUUUCGACCACAGACACCAACAUCGGGGACCUCCCGAUAUUUCUACGCAAGCCACAUAUUCUUCCCAGCACAAAUAUUUAUCGACUACUUAUCGUCCCUGCAACAGGCCAGGGACCUGUAUCCUAUUUAGGCAAGAGAGAAAAAUACCAAGAAAGGCUUCAACUCCGGGAUAACUACAUCAGCUACAUGCACAUACAAGGCAAGCAGUGCGCAUACCAAACAUCCCAUCAAGCAUCCGUGUAG